AUGUACACAACGAACGCUGCCCUGUACCUCUCGCUCAGCAUACUGCGGGACCAGCUUCGACCAACGGCAACGUACGGGGAAGCGAAAAGUAAACUCGAAGAGGCAGUAGCUCUCGCGGACACGCUGGGCUGCGAGGUUGUAUUCAAGGAGGUGGUGCAGCUGCGGAAUGUCCACCCCAAGUUUGUUUUCGGCAGCGGCAAGACGUCCGAGAUGUCUGGUGCCAUUUCCGCAGCAGAUGCGGAUACAGUCUUCGUAAACGCGCCCCUAUCCGGACAGCAGCAAAAAGCUCUUAGUGCCGAGUGGGGCGGCGCGACCGUGCUUGAUCGGUUUGCCGUCAUCCUCGAUAUCUUCGCUGACAGAGCGAGGACGACGGAAGCAAAGCUACAGGCAAGGGUCGUGGAGCUUGCAAUGCUCAAGUACAAAGCGGCCCAUCUCGUGAAGGGCUCGGGCAGCGGCUUCGAUCGCCAGGGCGGUGGCAUCGGGACGAUGGGCGGCAGCGGCGAGAAGGCGAUCGACACGCAGCGCCAACUUCUGCGGAAUCGCACGGCCGAGGUCCAUCGCCAGCUCAAGGACGUCGAGCGCCGGCGAGGCUUCCAACGUAGCUCUCGGGAUCGAAGGCUUGAAGCUAGCGUGGCUCUCGUGGGCUACACCAACGUGGGCAAGUCUUCGCUCAUGAACCAGCUGGCACUAGGGCGGCAUAACACUCGCGGCGUUGGAGGCGGAGGGGGUAAUCGAGAAGGAAAAGGCAGCGAAAGAGGAAGGCGCUUCGACGGGGCCGGCGGCGGAGGAAAAGGGAAGGGCAUGGUGCAGGCUCGGAACCGGGUGUUCGACACACUGGAUCCGACCGUCCGAUCGGUAACGUUACCGUCACGCGUAAGAUGUGUCUUGGUUGACACCGUGGGUUUCAUCCAAGACUUGCCGACGGACCUGGUGCACUCCUUUAAGUCAACGCUCGAGGAAGUCAAGAGCGCGGACGUGCUCUUGCACGUGCGGGACGCUAGCGUGGAGCCCCGCGUGGGCGAAGCCCACCGAAAGGCCGUCCAAGAGACACUGGCAGAGCUAGGUGCCGGUGGCCGACCGACCCUUGAGGUCUGGAAUAAGGUGGACAAGGAGAGAAGGGUCGACCCUGAAAAUCGUGGUGCUGGUGCUGGGGCUAGGGCUGGCUGUAGCGAUGGCGGCGGCGGCGGCGGCGGCGGCGGCGAUAUGAGUCUCCCGGACGAGGCGAAGGCAGAGAAAGCGAACGGACGGAUGGAAGGUCCUGCUGGCGAGGGCGGCAGCAGAUUAAGCCAUGCGGGCGAGGGGCGUACUGGGCCGGACGACGAAGGCGCAAUUCGGGUGUCGGCGGCUUCGGGUCAAGGCCUGGCCCAUCUGCUUGAGAGGAUAGACGCCAUGCUUCACUUGAAUGGAGGCGCGGACGGGGAAGGAAGCGGCAGGAGGUUUUCCAUAAAACCGAUCGAUCGGUACGAGUACGUUCGAGUCCUACCGGGGCAGUCACAACAAGGAUACAAGUGACUACCGAGGACUUCUUUGGUGCGGUACACCACUUGGAAAAUGCCGGGCCAGGCUACUUGUACGGGGCCACAACAGCUCGUUCGCCGUAAACAGAAGUCCGCCUCUCUUGUUCAAGGGAGCAACGGUCAAACCCACUAGGAACUAGCGCAGCAGAUGCGCAUCCGACAAAGGCACCUUGCUUUCUUGACGCUACCGGGGUUUGAGGAAGGCCGGAGGCGUUUCGAUGUGUUUCUACGCUCGAACGAAGCCAGGGCUUUACGCUAUCCGGUGUAUGCAACAGUUACGGAGUAUCUGCCGCGUGCACGUUGCUGUCGCUCGUUGAGCUGUCGCUGUUGCUGGACAAGCUGCAUCGCAUGGCGAAAGAAAAACGUUUGAAUUCGCCUGCACAACAAGGCAAAAGAAAGGUUGGUUCGCUCCAUGUACUGUACGAGGGGAUCAAUUGCAGCUAGAU